AUGGAGUCGACUGUCUCAUUUGGAGUGAUCCUUACUGUCCUGGCUGUCCUCAUCAUUGCUGCUAACACACUAGUGGCCCUGGCUGUGCUGCUGUCGAUCCACAAAAAUGAUGGUGUGGGUCUCUGCUUCACCUUGAAUCUGGCUGUGGCUGACACCUUGAUUGGUGUGGCCAUCUCCGGUCUAGUCACAGACCAGCUCUCCAGCUCUGCUCGGCCCACACAGAAGACCCUGUGCAGCCUUCGGAUGGCAUUUGUCACUUCCUCUGCAGCCGCCUCUGUCCUCACGGUCAUGCUGAUCGCCUUUGACAGGUACCUAGCCAUCAAGCAGCCUCUCCGCUACUUUCAGAUCAUGAGCGGGCUCGUGGCGGGGGGCUGCAUUGCCGGGCUCUGGUUGGUGUCUUACCUUGGUGUGUCUUACCUCAUUGGCUUCCUCCCACUCGGAGUCCCUAUAUUCCAGCAGACCACCUACCGUGGGCCCUGCAGCUUCUUUGCUGUGUUUCACCCUCGCUUCGUGCUGACCCUCUCCUGCGUUGGCUUCUUCCCAGCCCUGCUCCUCUUCGUCUUCUUCUACUGCGACAUGCUCAAGAUUGCCUCCAUGCACAGCCAGCAGAUCAGAAAGAUGGAGCAAGCAGGAGCCAUAGCUGGGGCUUACCGGCCCCAGCGGAACCCCAGCGACUUCAAGGCUAUCCGCACUGUGUCUGUUCUCAUUGGGAGCUUCACUCUGUCCUGGGCCCCCUUCCUUAUUACUGGCAUCGUGCAGGUGGCCUGCCAGGAGUGCCACCUAUAUGUGGUGCUAGAACGGUACCUGUGGCUGCUUGGUGUGGGCAACUCCCUGCUCAACCCACUCAUCUAUGCCUAUUGGCAGAAGGAUGUGCGGCAGCAGCUCUACCAUAUGGCCCUGGGAGUGAAGAAGGGGAUCAACUCAUUCCUCCUCCUCCUCUCGGCCAGGGAUGGUGGCUCAGAGAGGCCCAGAGAACCCCCCUGCCACAUCGUCACUAUCUCCCACUCAGAGCUGGAUGGCUAA